GGGGGCGGGGAGGUGUCCAGGCUGAGCCCCUGGAGAGGUACAGGCAGGUUUACAAAUAUCUGUAUAAGGGAAGGUAUCCCAAGCACCUCACAGCCCUGCAAAAAAGGAGCCUGUGGAGGAGAUACGCCAUGAAGUCUGAAGUGGGAUGUAGGAGGACAGAAGCCUUGAAGGUUUUCAAGCAGAGCUUGGAGGGCCAUCUGUUGCGGAUGCUUUAGUUGAGAUUCCUGCAUUGCAGGCGCUGGACCAGACGACCCCCAGGAUGCCUUCCAACUUGCAAUUCAGCAUGGGCAGCGAUAGGCCUUGUGAUGCAGGCGGGCGUUUUCAGACGGCCCCUUUCGCCUCGGCUUGGGGGUGUUGUGUCUCCUUGAAACAAGUCCGGGUCGCUGCCUUCCCAGCUUGGGACUGAGCCCCUGAGCUCCCUCCGCCUGCCCGGGGACUCGAGCCAGUCCUGACCUGGGGCUGAUGCCCGGGACAUGUCCCAGCCCCCAGCAUGGACUCCGCUUUGCAAGUGGCCGAGGAGGAAGUGGUGGAGUCCUGCAGCCCCACCAGCAAAUUCGAGGACAUCUUCCGCUUGCUGUCCGAGGGCUGCUUCCCCCACAGUUUCUGCUCCAUCAAAAGGAAAAACCUGAAGCGCUACGCUCAGAAAUUCAUUGUGGAAGGUAACGCGGGGGUGGGCGGGGGGGGGACAGAGCAGAAGACAAAACAAACAAGGCUUUUGCUACAUGCGCAUCCCCAGCCAGGCUCCUGUCACUGGAUGGCUGCUGUUUUAAAAAGAGCUGCUUCAAGACAUUUAAAAUGUCCAGCUUCGCCGGAGCAGCAGGGAUAACUCCUGACCAGUUUCUAUUGAAACUGAAUCUAGACUAUCCAAAGCUAUUCAGGUUCCCAAGCGGAUUUAUUUUCCUGACCAACCACCCUCUCUUUACGCUUGAAGGCUUUAAUAUGAGGGAAUGGGGACCUCUAAAGAUGCAGUGAUUCAAAACCACAGUAACAUGAUGUCACUGUGCACAUUUUAUGAGUUGCUUUUCCAUGAAAUUGCAAAGUGUACACAAUUUUGCACACAUUGACUAGGAAGCAAUUCCCCUUGGGCUCAAUGCAGCUUGCUUGCUUACUCCCCAGUAAGUGUGUUUAGGAUUGCAGCCUUAACAGCUUUGAAUUCCCUCAAUAGAGUUGGAAAUGGAAAGAGAUUAAUUCCUAAAAAGGUAGGUGCCGUAGGUCCAAGUAGCCUCCCAAAAGGCCCCAUCUCUUGUGUCCAUCAGCCUAACUGACCUUAUUAGUGGAGAGCCUCUGUGGCUGAUCUUGGAGCGCUGGGAAGUACAGAGACAGCAGAACUUCAGGUGGCCUCCUCCCAAACAUGCAUUUUGAAUGAAUAGGAAACAAGUGCAGCUGGUACAGAAUCUCUGUAAUUUCUUUUGAACCAAGGAUAGUCAGUUAGUGGCCUGCUGGAGUACAACUACCAUCAUCCCCAAUCAUUGGACAUGUUGGCAGAGGCUGUUGGGAGUUGUAGUCCAUUGAAGUUUUGAGGGCACCAUGUUGGCUAUCCCUUCAGGCAUUUAGCCUGCACAAGUAUCUGGGCUCCUACAUUUUGCUGCAUUUGGAACUCUUUUAAGGCAGCCCCAGGUGGAGCACAUUAUAGUAGUCCAGCUGGUAUGUAAGCAGAGCAUGAAUAAUGGAGGCAAGAUCUGCUGCUUCCAGAUAGGUUGUAGAUGGUGUACCAGCCUAAGCUGACAAAAGACACACCUGUGCUUCUACAGAUAGAGCCAACUCCAGAAGGACACAACAACCUAUGAACCUGAUCUCUCAGAGACCCCAUCCAGAACCAGUUGCAUGACUCCUUCUGAACUACUAGGCUUUUCUGUCAUCCUCCCACAGGGGGCUGCCUCUAUUAUGUGGGUCCAAAGAAAGAGGAAAAGCGUGAAGUCGUGGUUGAUCCAGAGAGGCGGCGGCAGGUCUUCCUUGAAAGCCACUUCUCCGAGAUUGGGAACCAUCUUGGGCAGAAGAAGACAGUGCACCGGAUUCAGAGCAGAUACUACUGGCUGGGCAUUGUCAAGGACGUGGUGGACUGGGUAAAUAAUGUUCAGAAAAACUCCCAGAGUUUUCUGGAAGUAAAAGGAGCUGGGCUAUAUUUGUUUCCUUGUCAGAUUUUACCUUCAUUUACUGUUCUCGUGCCAGCAAAGUGGUUGGCAUGGUCUGACUGGGAACACCAUUACCUCUCCAAAAUCCUAGGCACCUAUUGAUUUAUUUCCCUCUCUGUCCUCCUCCCCUGCCCCAUCCCCAGAUCAAGAUGUGUGAAACCUGCCAAAACACAGAGCAUAACAAGAGCCUGUCGAAAAAAACCCGGCCUGUCAAAGUGGAGUCGCCUUGGGAAGUUCUAGGACUUGAUGUCUAUGGUAUGUGCUUGUGGUGGGGGAUCUGUAUGCACAUCUGCACUAUGGUAGGGUUGCCAUAUGUCUGGAAUUUCCCAGACAUAUCCAGAAUACUGCAGUUGGCAGCAGCGUCUGGGCAUAAAUCAGCAAAAAUGUCCGGGAAAAUCCUGACCUAUGGCAACCCAUGAGGGCUGUGUCGUUUUUGCCGAUUUGGCAUAAAAAUAGCUCAACAACUUUGCCGGAAAAAAGCUGUCCGGAUUUGUCACUGUUUGAAAUAUGGCAACCCUACACUACAGGGCUAUGGAAAUGCCCGUCAUGGGACCCUAGGAAGCUGCCUUUAUGCCAGGGAUGGAGAACCUGUGGCCCUUCAGACAGUGUUGGAUGCCAACUCCCAUCAGUCCCAGACAGACAGGCCGGGGUGCGGUGUGGGUCCCCGUACUACCUGGCCUAGUGGUGGUUGUCCACUCCAACUGAUGGCGUGUCUCCAUGGUUUCUUCAGCCUCAUGCCUGAGGUCCUUUUAGCUAGAGAUGUCAGAGACUGAACCAGGGGCCUUCUCAAUGCAACACAGCCGCAGCACUGCUCAGUUGUGCCUGUCGCCCUCAUAUCAGAUUCUGGUCCCAGUUUCUCACUCUUAAGUGCCUUUUCUGCUAAGUCAUCUUUGUUAAAGGCUCUAGUUUUCUCUGUUCCUUCUUUCUCAACACCCCCCUGCUCCCGCCCAGCACUCUUAUCCUGGAUUUUCAGGAAAGAGGUGCAGCAUUGAGUUCUCCUGGAUCCUUGGCUGGCUUUGAUGGAGGAUGUCUCAUGAAUAUAGCAUGAACCUUGGGCAAGUGAGGGAUCAGGCAAUACGUCUCUCUACAGAGACACAUUGCACCCUUCAUGGCAGGGGUGGGCAAACCCUUUCAGCCUGAGGGCUACAUUCCCUCCAAGACACAUGCCAAUGGUGGGUGUGGCCAAAGGCAAGAAGUAGGCGGAGUAACAGAUGUUAAUUUUACCUUUGUCCAGUAUAGGUUAUAUUCCAGCCAUGCAAAAGUCAGAGGUUUCGACAUCUCUGCACCCUCCAUCCAAGCAAGCAAGAGGCUUUAGCACACUUCAAGGACACAUUCCAGCCAUACAAAAGAGAACGAUGUGGAGCAUAGCCAAGGGGAAGAUUCCUGAGGGCCAGAUAAGAGAUGCCUACCGGGUGGCGCUGUGGGUUAAACCACAGAGCCUAGGACUUGCUGAUCAGAAGGUCAGCGGUUUGAAUCCCCACGACAGGGUGAGCUCCCGUUGCUCGGUCCCUGCUCCUGCCAACCUAGCAAUUCAAAAGCACGAAGUGCAAGUAGAUAAAUAGGCAUUUCCGUUUGCUGCUCUGGUUUGCCAGAAGCGGCUUAGUCAUUCUGGCCACAUGACCCGGAAGCUGUACGCUGGCUCCUUCGGCCAAUAAAGCGAGAUGAGCGCCACAACCCCAGAGUUGUCACGACUGGACCUAAUGGUCAGGGGUUCCUUUACCUUUACCUUUUUAGAGGGCCUGACAUUUCCCCACCCCUCAGUCAUGGGACCCUGCUCAGUACAUGCCAGUUCAUUCAGCAUUGGGGCCUCUUUCCUUCACUGUGAUGCUGAGAUGUGGUUGCCAUUCCAGCUGGCCUCUAUUAUCAUUCUUAUUAGUUUGUGCACAGUCUCUUUGAUUGAUGGGGUGUGUAUCUGUGAACUUUAUCUGAAUGGACAAGGAGAGGAGAUAGCAACCGUUUGCAAAACCUUUGAAGUUUCAGCAAAAUGGUGCAUGUUAUAAGCCAAAGACCAUAGCCUUAAUUUUGAACCUAAACCAAGAGUAGUGCAAAGGUGUGGGGCAAGGUGUGGCAUACGUGCAGGGGGAGGAGGCUGGGCUUUUGUCAUGGGACCUCCAAAGUGAUGGUCCCCCUCAGUCACUAACCUCUCUGCAAUAGCACCUGCCCUCUGUGAUGCCAGCAUGACAACUGACUGACUGUUUUGGAUUUGAUGUUCCUAGGACCUUUCCCAGAGUCUGUCCAGGGCAAGACGCACAUCCUCGCCGUAACUGAUUACUAUACGAAGUGGGUUGAGGCCAUCCCUCUGCAGAAGAGGGACGCUCUGUGUGUGGCCAAAGGCCUCACCUCCUUAUUCUACAGGUGUGCUCCAUUUGUGCUGAUUUUUAGUUUGAUGUAGGUGAUAAGUGGGCUGAAUAGCAAAAUACUCACUAUUAAGACAGGUAGGAGAGGGCCAGGAUGUUGCAGGAUCUCCUCAGGACGUGUGUGUGUGUGUGUGUGUGAGAGAGAGAGAGAGAGAGAGAGAGGGAGAGAAGAAUCAGAAUCAACCCAUUUUCUGCACAUGCCUGCUUCAGGCAGGUCAGGGAUCCUGUUUUGGAGGUGCUAUUUAUUUAUUAUUUGUACAGUUCACACCUUAAAAUGCACUGGCCUUUGCCAACUUGCUGCCUUCCAGGUUAUUUGGGCUGCAACUCUCAUCUUCCUUAGUUGGCAUGGUCAUGUGGUGCCAGGACUGAAGGGAGUUGUAGUUCAAAAUAUCUGGAGGGCUCCAUGCUGGUGGCGGCUGAGAUAUGCCACAAAAGUCAAUCAGAAAGCUUAAAACCAGCAUGACAAGAUAACCUUUAUGAUCUGUUCAGUAUUGUAUUUGUGAAUGGUUUUUAUGUUGGUUAUCUUUUUGUUAUUAUUUCCACCCCUUUGUGUGCAAAAGCAGCAUCUUAAAGCCUGCUGGAUUAGCGCAAGAGCAAGGAGCAAGAGCCUGUGACCCACUAGAUGUUGCUGGACUACAAUUCCCAUCAUCCCUGACCAUUGGCCAUCCUGGCUGCACCGACUGAUGGAAGUUGUAGUCCAACAACAUCUGGAAGACCACAGGUUCCCCAUUCCUAGAUGAGAGCGUUUCAUGGGAAGCAAAUGUUUCAAUCCUAUUUAUAGAAACCCCACUCAAGCCUCUGUACUGUAUGCCAGUACAAAACUCUGUGUCUUGUAUUACUGUUGCUAUUGAUGUAUUUUGUAUGCCUUUUAUUAAUUAGGUUCGGGGCAUCCAAGAAUAUUUUCUGCAGCUUGAGCUGGGACUUCUGUGAAGAGGUAGGUCAGAUGCCAGCUGGUGUGUUUUGUAAGAGCAUGAAGGCAAUUCCUGUUUUCAGGAAACCCAGAGUAAAGGAAAAGGUUCAAGGGGAUAAAACUCAACCAUAAAAAACUAUGUAAGAGCAACUGCUCUCUGAUGUUUUAAUUUAUGUUUUUAAAUUUUGUAUGUUGUUUUAUUUUUACAAAGCCACUUUGAGACAUGGGAAAAGCAGGCUGCAAUUUUUAAAAAUGAAUAUUUGAUAUAAUAAAGUAUUUAACAUGUUUUCAAGUUCUUAUUUAAAAAAAGCAUUGUAGCUGCAAAAAUUAAAAACAAGCAUCUUGAUGCAUCACUAGAAUGAACAUUCACGUAAGGCAAGGUUUGGUGGUGUUUUUCACUAGAAUAAACAGGCAUGGAGGACUUUUGGCCACUGUGUUUCUUUGUCACCACUGCCAGUUUCACUUGUAAAUAUAUUGAAAAUAAACACACUGAGCCUCUCAGCCCAAUAUAGUAAAGCAACCGUGGCAUAACACCAUGUCGCCACUUCAAAACAAUUCUCAUACUCAUAGCAAGGGGAAAGAGCAAAAAAUAGAAGCCUUUACACAUCCACCUUCAUAGCUGCAAGAGGACACACUAGAGCAGGGAUGGGAAACUUCUGGCUUUCCAGAUGUUUGGGGCUCUAACUACCAUCAUCUCCAGCCAACAUGGUGAAUAAUUAAGAAUGAGCCAUAAGUAUAUAGAAACUUAAGUUAAACAUUUAAGUUAAUCUCAAACCCUCCAAAUGUCCAGAUAGGCAUCCACACAUGAAAUACAUUCAGCUGCAGCCAGGACCAUAAGGUUCUCCAACCAUUGCAUAGUGGAUGGUGAGCAUUUAUCCUUCCAGCUAGAAGUAUAAGUCUCUUAGCAACCAGAAGGGAUGGUGGAAGUUGGAGACAAAAAUAAAUGGAGGGCCACAAGAUCCCCACAUCUUGACAUUUAUAUAAUUAUGUACCAUACCCCCAACUUGGCUGGUGCUCUUUUUCAGGAAACCAAAAUUUAUUUAAGGCAUUUAUAUACCAUAGAAUCAUUGGCAUUUCUAAGCAAUGUCUUUAUAAUUUCUAAGUGAUGAAAGUUUUAUUAAAUUUAUUUGUUUGCAAACCUCAGAGUGAAUACAGAGUUCAAACCUGGGCUGAAAUAUUUUCUAGGUACAAAAAACUAAAGCAAGCCCUGGACAUGUGCACCCAGCUUUAAGUGGUUUUCAUUCUGCCUGCAGGUGACCAGAAUUUUAUCAGAAAGAUGGAACAUCUCCCAGAUUCUGACCCCAGUCAACUGCACAGUCCUGGACAGUCGGACCAAUGAGCUUUUGAAAUCCUCCCUCUGCAAUGUUGUGAACGAGAAACCAAGCGAGUGGGAUGAAUCUCUUGACCCGAUUCUGUUUGAUUUCCGUACGUCUGUCAGCUCUGUGACCAAGUACACCCCCUUUUUCCUCCUGUAUAACAGAUACGUCUGCCUGUCCUCAGAGGUAACUCUCUGUUUGAAAGUAAAAUCCAGAAAACUGCUUCAAGAGAGGUUUAACGGGGGGCAGGGGUCAUGGAGGGAAUCAGCGCUCCUAGAUAAGAACCCCUGCUUCAUCAGAUGUGUGAAAUAUGUGGAACGGGAUUGAUUAUUUAAUUUCUAUACCAUUUAAUAUAUUUAAAAAUUCUCUUAAGUGGUGUACAGAAAUCCUGAAGCAACAAUAGAUAACUUACAAAAGUGAAAGAAUGUCUAUAUUUGUGUUGCUCUGUGUUCAAGGCAGCCUCAGCAACUGGCAAUUCUGGGCCAAGUCUGAUGCUGCGCACAUAGCUACAUAAGUACUGAUAAUCUUAUGUAAUCUGAUGGUCAGUGUCUGCAAAAGCUCCUUCGGCUCAGCUGCAGCCCCACCCAUGACACAAUUUAUUUAUCAGUAUGUUAUUUGUUAUUUAUUAAAUGUAUAUCCCUUCCUGCCCCCUGAAGGAGCUCAGAGCAGCAAACACAAAUGAAGUAACACUUAAAAUGUCUGAUAACAAUUCCAGUACAAAUGCAGACUGGGAAAGCUCUCCCCUUAAAAGGCUUAUUGGAAAGGGAAGGUCUUCAGUAGAUGCUGAAAAGGUGAUGCCAGGCUAGUACGUAAUGGGGGAGAAUUCCAUGACGCUAAAAGCCUGGUUCUUGUAUUGUGCAGAACAAACCUCCUGAUAAGGUGGAAUUUGCAGAGGGCCUCUCUACUGCAGAACGCAGUGGCCACAGGUGGGUGUAGCAAAGCCAAAAUGGAUUCCUGGGUCAAAUGGGGAGGCCAGAUUAGGCCCCCACAGGCCAGCAGUCCCCCACCUCUGUGCAGUGAACUUAAGAACGAACCCUGCUGGAUCAAGCCAAAGGUUUCUCCAGUCCUACAUCCUGUCUUGCGCAGUGGCCAACCAGACUCAACAAAUUCAAUUCUGUCCGUGGUUCUUAUGUAAAGCCAUUAAAACUCCAGGUUAAAACUCUGGAUACGACUUGCAAGGGAUACAGGGAGGAAGAGGGCUGUUUGCCAUCCUGUCCUGCUUGUGGACAGCUCCCCCCAGACCAGAGUGGUCCAAUGUGCGGCCGGAGGGCUAUGACCCUCAAGGCCUUUUUUGGUGGCCCUUGGCAACAUUUAAUACCCCCAAGCCCUGCUGCUGCCUUCCUAAAGCUGGGUGUGCUUUGGGAAGAAGGAGUGAGGAACAGCAAACAGUGGGUUUUCCCAGGGAGGACAGUGAGACAAAAAACCACAACCCUUGCCUAGAAAUCAUGGGGCAAAGAAGUGUGGAUGAGCCCUGUGUCUAGAGGAGUCUUUUCAGCCCCUCCUGGAGAUGCCAUAGACCUUUUGCAAAGGCAGCAUGUGCUCUAUCAUUGAGCACUUAACCAGCUCGUUCUGCUGCACCUCUUAAAGCCAGCCUGAGUCUUGCCAACCGAUUGUAAAAACAAUAAAUUAGUGAUACAAAGCAUUCCAAAUAUUACAGCUCUUGGCCAAAGGCCACCACAGUCAAAUAAAACAGCAGCAGCAACAGUGGCAUCAAAUCCUCACUGAAGGCCGGUUGGGGGGGUGUAUUAGCAGGGGUCUGUCAGCCAGAUGCCACAAUGUUGAGUCAUUUGCCAACUUGGGUUCCAAAUCCCCCCCCCUGCCCCCCACAUCUCACCUUCAUUGUUUCUAGGCUGAAUGCAUCAAGGACUCCUCCAAAGAGCAAGGUGCUAGUCCCUUCCAAACCAGCGUCCUCCCGUCAUUCACCGCUGCUGUUCAGGAGCAACAGAAUGCAGUGAAAGAGAUUGUAAGUGCCUUGGCUGCCAGAUAUUCACCGCAUUUGCAUGUAAGAGGGGUGCCUACCAUUAGUCCAAAUUCACACUAGGCUAAUAUCAACAGUGGGUGUGGCCACCACAUAGUCUUGCACACACUUUUGUGCAGUCCGUACACACACACACACACGUCUUACAAAGCACACAGCCCCUCUCCCUCCUGAUCUGUGCAAUGAUUGUCCCUUCCAACUCUAUUAUUCUAUGAUCUGGUGACAGAGGAGGGACAAUUUGCAUUCCUAUCAGGGCACCUUGCUCCAAUGUUUACUUUACUUUGCAAAAUAAAAUAAAAUGCCACCAAAAUUGGCAAAGGAGGUGACUUAAGGGGGCAGAAAAAAUUGCUUGAUCAGAUGUGUUUGUCUCCAGCUCCCAUCAACCCUAACCAUUGGCUGUGUUAGCUGAAAUUGAUGGGGGUUGGAGACCCACAGCACCCCAUGUGGCAUGGUGAGUGGAGAUGGUGAUAUUUUGUUCUGAUUCCCACUGCUGGGAAUAUGAAUUUCUAUUUCUAUUUAAAACACUCCCUUUUUAAAUAAUCACAAUCAACAUUUUUACGUUCCUGCCUACUCUGUUCUCCCAUCCACCAUCCUGUUCAGCUCUUGAAACUGUCUUACUUAUCUGUCCUCUUUGAAUCAUGAACACUUUUUUCAGUGCACUGUAACAGAUAAUGGUGGGGAGAUCUGGGUUCGAAUUUCCCACUCAGCUGAAUGGCAGUCCUUCAGCAAGUCCUUAUUUCCCAGCCUAGCCUACCUCAAAGGGUUGUUCUGAGGGUAAACUAUGUUAUCCAGAGAUCCAUGGAAGAAGUGUGGGAUAAAUGAAUGGAGGGGGGGAGUGAAUAAAAUGAAUUUGAAGCUGCUGUUACAGGCCCUGAGCCCUUGGUAGGGUGGGUUAGUUAUCUAAAUGAGUACAUGAACACUAGGCCCAUCCUGUCCUUUGCAGGUUAUUGCCAACAUGGCUGCCGCAUAUAAACAGGAACAGAAAAGUAUGAAGAGGAAAACAAAAGGUCUCUCGUCUCUCACUUACAAAAUGGAGGAUGGUGUUUUUGAUACUCAUGAAGAUCAGGCCCUGAAAAAGCUGAAGAAGAACCAAUUUGUGUCAUUUCAAAUUGAGACUGUCUUACCUCCGGAACAGAGUAUACCCAGCAUGAAGAAAACUGGCUGAAUGCUAUUGUGUGACUUUAGUUUUUAUAGAUGUAUAUACUGAUAUGUCAUGAAAUAUAUGCUUUAAUCAAGACUUGGAGUCCAGCAGUUUCUUGAAAAUAGCCACUCUGAUACCAAAGGGCAC